AUGGCUGGACAGCAUCCUUUUAAUUUUAACCAAACUGGUUUAAACUUGUUACCUCUACUUGGGAGUCCAUUGGGAAAUCCCCGGCAGCUUUUGAGUCAGUUACAAGGGUUACGAGCUCCGCAGUCAAACAUGGGUUUAGGAUCAUUUGGUCAAGAAAGUUAUGGAAGACAGAGAAUGCAAAUCACUGAUGAUCGUUUCAGAAGGGAACUGCCUGACUUUGACCAUAGAGAGAGGUCCUUUAGAGAGCCAUACAUGAGAAAUCAGGGAAGGGACAAUUACCCUGGCGAGAAUCGCGAUAGAGUUCAUGGGCUGAUGGACAGGGAAGUUCCAGUAGAUUUCCUAUUCCCAGAAAUGGGCUCAGAAAGAAAUGAAGAGAAAUAUGGAAGGGAGAAUAUGGAGAGGCAAAGUUAUGGUAUGCACAACAGAGGCAGAUCAAGGUCACCUGUCCGAUCUAAGGGAGACAUAAGAGAUAGGCAAGUUAGUCCUAGUGACAGAAAGUAUGGAUCCCGAAAUGACUUAGCUGUUCCCUGGAAUGCGUUGCUUCGCCGCCAUUGUUAUCUUGUACCCCCCUUAGAUGACACCUAUGUUUUGGCAUUAAGUGGGAAACAACCAGGAUGUCGUGCAGUCUUCAUUGGUGGUCUUCCAAGCAUGGCUGACGAAGACAUUGUCAGGGAGAUUUUCAGUGUCUGUGGGCCCAUUGAACAGAUAAGCCUAAACAGUGUCCGAGCAAGUACACAAGUAAAACACUGCCAAUUGCGCUUUGUCAAACUUGACUCUGUUGAGAGGGCAGUCAAGUUCAAUGGUCAUGUACUGGUCAUUGGAGAUGGUCGCGACAGAAAAACAAAAAUUGGUCGCAUUCGUGUUGAUUAUGACAAACUGCCCGGGGGUAGUGAAGAGGUCCAAAGUGGCAUGGUAGUCAAGGAGAAAGUGCAGCUGCCUCAAGAAAAGCAGGAACAGGAUUUGAGCUUCGAGUUUACACGCAAACAGGCGUUCCAUCUUCUGGACUUGAUUCGUCAUGAUCAGGCCUUAACAGAGUCACUUGGUACUGUGACACAUUGGUUUGAAAGGGGAGAGUGUAACCGUUCUACAGUGAAUGUGUUUCAUGCACUGCUUAACACUGUCAAUAGCCUGAUCAAAAGGUUAGUGAGCAGACGGAAGGAGCAUGAACAACGUGUAGAGAAACAGAAACAACAGGCUGUGGAAAGAGGCAAUGAAAUCAAACAGCAAUGUAAGUUAAGUCUUUAAUGCUUAAUAUUUGGUACAAUUUGACAUAAUGAUAAAUGUCUCAGUAAUCACUAUUCAGGCAUAAAAUAAUGUAUGCAGGAGAUUUUCUAAUUCUAAUCAUAUUAUAUGCAAGGAUGUACCACAUCACAGCAGAUGUGCAAAUGUUCCUGUGCUUAUGUUGAAAUAUAAUCAAGGUGGGAGUGUUAAGUAAGUAAAAUUAAUAAUAAAAUAAUAAUAAUGAAGUUCUGGGGUCAGCAGUUUUAAAGAUGGCACGUGGCAGCCAUUUUGAAAGUCUCCACUGACUGCUUUUUCUUUUUGUUAAAGAGUUCCAGUCUCUGAUUUUACUUGCGAUAAAACUGUGUUGGUAUUUGGUUGCUUGGAACAGACUUGAAUGAAUUUCAUAGGAUGGAAUUGCGUAGUGCUCUUUCACCUUUUAAAUUGAGUAAAUUAUGCCACUUUCCUUCUUUUCUCGAGUUUCUCAGAAUUUUCUCGACAAUUCCAGGAGUGGUGCUAUAUUCAUUUUUAACAAAGCGUGCCACUUGUCUCUGCUUACUCUCAAUGUCCUUCAUCUGUUUUUAAAUGUGUGGGUCCCAUGGGUAACAUCCAUAUUCAGUCAGAGGUUAUGCUAAAGAAAGAUAGGCUUUCUCUUUAAUGUUUUCUGGGCAAAUCUUAUUUAGAUUUGCUAAGCAUGGAAGAAGUAAACAACAAAAGUAACAUAUUUGCUCGUGUAAUUGAAAAGAGUAUAUUAAGUGAGAUUGUUUAUCUUGUCACUUGAUAAUGAUGCGACAUGAAACUUUGAAAUUUUUUUUUACAUAUUUUUUUGCUAAUUAUUAUUCUUAUGUGUGUAAUGAAAUAAUCAUUAGUUUAUGGUUCUUAUGUUCUACCAUGAGGUGAAGCUGUAUGCAGGGUUUUUGAAGCAGCAACGAAGCAGAAAGCAUGGGAUCAUUUCACAAAGGCACAAAGGAAGAACAUCACCCAGUGGCAUGGUGCCAUAAAAAAUGUAAGUGUACUCAGUACUCAGUACAGCCUGUUAUACAGGCUGCUACAGAAAAUUUAGAUCAGAAGGCGAAAAAAUUGUCACAGUGGAAACUUGAUAUAACGAACCUUUGUAUACGGAAGUCCUUGGUAUAACAACCGAUUUUCUUCACCCGAGUAAUAGUAAAACAUGUGGAAGAGUACCUUGAUAUAAUGAAACCUUGUGAUAGCGAUAAAUUUUGCCAGUCCCUUGGCAACUUGGUAAUAUUCAGGUUCCACUGUAUUAAGUAGGCAGCAAAAGAUUAGAUCGUCAUCCGUGUUUGAGGUACAUAUAUGUGGGAGGAGGGUUGCCUCAUCUUCCGUGAGGGAGUCCAGGCACCUCUCCUGGAAUAUUGUUAAUUUUGGCAGCCCUGAAAAGUACGUUUUAGUGGAUUUUUAGUGACCAGGGAUAUAACUUUGCCAUCAGAAUAGCACCUUUGUUUCAUAUUUUCCCCAUAUUCUCUAUAUUUUAUAUCAUAUUAUGUUUUUGUAAUCAAACAUAAGCGUUAAGACGCAAAUAACGGUACAUCAGAUUCAUUAUCUCUCUUUAAAUUAAUUUCUGUGAGUAGCCAGCUCUUCUGUGAAAUGUAGAUGGGAACUGAUCUGCUUUCUCACACCGUUUCUGGAGAACUUCAUAAAAAUACUUUUUUGCAGAAAGGUGAAAUUAUUUACCCUUACAAAAUGUAAGUGCAAGAUUACGAUUUUCUGCUUACAGCCAUCUGCCAUGUUAUCAGUUGCAGCCAUCAACCUUCAUGUAUGCCUCUACUGUUAUUUAAACCACUCAGAACAGGCCACUUCUAAAAAAAAACAACAGCAACAGCAAAUCUUUAAUUUCCUUAGCUACAAAAUUUAGUAAAAAGUUAUCCAGCUUUUACGCAAUGACAAUGUUACAUCAAUAGCAUGCCCAUUUAGCACAUGCAUAGAACAGUGAAACCCCGCCUAACGGCCACCUCGGUAAUACAGUCACCUUGUUAUUCAGCCACUUUUUUGGAUGCCUGGCAAAAUGGCCAUACAUUUUCUUGUAAAAGAAAUCCUUGUUAAUACGGCCAAAUUUUUUUGUCCCCUUGUUGACCGUACUAACAGGGUUCCACUGUAGAAUACAAAUUUAAGGGUUGAACCUAAUUACAGACUGUUUAAAUACCUGCAACCAUUGUAGUUAAAGGCAUUUGUUUGUUGUAUCAAAUGUUGAUAGCAAGUGUUAACAUAUAUGUAUUGUUAGUUGCUUGAGAUAAUAUUCAUUCAGAUGAAGACUUGAAAUGGUCGUUACUCCACAAUAUAUCUUGUUGAGUUUCUUUUUUCUGAAAUUUCCUAAGUGGACAAAAGGAAACACAGACCAUACCAAAAGCUAAGUUGUAGACUUUUCAUCAAAAAGCUAAUAUUCUUAUAGCUGUCAUACAACUCUUGGCCAACCUCAUACAUCUUCAGGUCUUUCUAACUUUCCUUGUUGGGUAGGUUAAAGGUGCUAGAAAUUCUAUGAUGCAUUCUUCAAAGACUCCUCCUUCUGUAGGUUUAAAGCUGUAGUUCUAUUGAUCGCUUAUCCAAGAACAUGAACAUUACCAAUAUUUAGUUGUUGUUAAAAGAUAAGAAUCAUAAUAUCAGGGAGGUAAGGGUGGUGCAUUGCUGAGAGCACUCACCACUCACCAGUGUGGCCUGGACUCAAAUCUUACAGUCAACUCCACAUGGGUUGUGUUAUGUGCUCUUUCUUGCUCCAUGAGGCUGCUGGUUUCCCUCUCUCCUCAUUAAUCAACAUUUUCAGAUUCCAUAUCAUUUGGGAACAAGGAUAUCACAGUGCUGAGAGUGCUCACUUCCCAUUAAUGUGACCCGGGUUCAAAUCCCGAUGUUGACGCCAUAUGUGGGUUGAGUUUGUUGUUGGUUCUCUUCCUUGCUCUGAGAGGUUUUUCUUUGGGAACUAUGGUUUUACCCUUUUCUCAAAAAACAACACUUCCAAAUUCCAAUUCAACCAGGAAUCAGGUAGACGAAGAACCACUUAGUGGAUGUCCUUCCUCGAAAUCAUUAUUUAUUGAUUGAUUGAUUUAUUUAUUUACCAAUCUAGGAUAAAUUAGGCAAAGAAGUCCUUUAAGGAUGUGCUACCACUAAAUGGUUAUUGAUUCAUCAUUUUAUUAAAUACGUUGCCAGUUUUUAGUUUUUCAUUGACAAGUGUCACAAAUGUGAACAUAUUUUCCCCCGCCUCUCUUUGAUAAGUGUUAGUUACAUCUGUACGUGUAUGGGUGAUAAGUUUGACUCUCUCCUUUGGUUUGUUAUUUGAAAGUUGCCAUGGUUAACACUGGCUGGAUUGUUACUUAGAACAAAGUACAUGCUCCCUGCAUUGUGCAGCUAUUGCCUUACUGGAAUCUGAUAGUCCGUGCAGAACACAAGAAACAGCCUUUAGUACCAAAUGAUUUCCUUGAGAAACUGAUGUUUCUCAGUUGUUUAGACUUUUAAGGUCUGUUGAAGGUUUGAUUGUUAUCACCACACACCCACAUUUUGGCAGUAAUGUAGCAUGCUUCACUCAAAUGCCAUUUAUUUUUCCAGUGUGACAAGUGUUCAUGGGGUGUAUUUACUUCCCACAGAAAAAAAAAUGUUGCAUCCUUCAGUGAUUUUGUUAGCUCCAUGUCCUGCGUCCCUGACGCAUAAAAAUCCCCAAAGACACAAAAUAAUUUGUGGUAUUCAUCCCAUAGGACGCAGAGAUAGAUCAAUUAUUGAUCAAUCUAAAGAUGUUUUUCUAGAAUAUCCUGUUUGUGUGAUUUCUGUGCCUGUGCUGUUCUUGUGGCUGUUGUUAAACGACUCAUUUCUUUUAGUCUUUGUUGUGCUUUACAAUAGAAGGAGUAUAUUACUGUAAUUUGGAGUUUUGGAGUCUGUCUUCAGAUUAACUGUGUGGUUACAAAAGACCCUGGGACUCAUGGUUUUUUGAACUGGGGCUCAUUGGUUCUGGACUGGGACUCAUAAUUUUUCACAAGAUGAGUCCCGGGACUCACCAUAACUAUUAUUUUGUAACAGAAUCACUGAUUCUUUCCAGUCUAACCCCAUCCCUUCAAAACCAUUCGAGUGCAAAAAAGUAGCACAUCACUGUUUACAUGGUCAUUCUGUAGAGUAUGACCAUCCAAUAACUGCUGUGGCUACAAUGCCUCACUCUUUGAGUGAAUUGGAAGACUGUGAAGGUAAGUCAAUAGCAGUUCUCACUGUUAUCAUUGUGUGCCGUCCCCAGGAGAUCAAAUCAGCCAAAGAGGCUGAGAUCGAGAACCGUGUCGAGGUAGGUAUGGAUCUGGAUGAUGAAGUGCCAACGCUUGGCGGGCUUAUCGAGCAACCUGCACUACAGACAUCAGAAGAGGCAGAAAACCAACAGGAUCAAGAGGAAGCUCAAACAAGCCUAUCGACGACAAAAGCCAAGAAGCUGCGAGUGGAAGCUUCAGGUACUGUGUCAUUACACCACAGGCAACUAUAAUUACAAAUUUACUCCUAAAGGUGGGUGAGUUAAUUAUGCACAGUGCAAACCCUUUGAUUGGUAACGGGAUGGAAUUCGAUGUGCUGCCAUUAAGAAGCUGUUAGCAGUAUGCCUAGUCUCUCUUUGACCAAGAGGACUGUUCCUGAUAUAUAGUAUUACUUGUUUGAAGCUGGUUGUAAGAGAUUCAACUCUGUUGCUCUUUCUGUUGAACCAGGUAAGUUUUUCCAGCUUCUUCCCCUCAAGGGUUACGUGAAAGUACAAUAUGAAGCUGCUCUUGUGAGCUAAGCUUUUUGAUCAGUUGGAAGCUUAAUACUGAUGCUCACUCAAGCAAAAUUGGUCUGAUCAUGCCGGUAGUCGGAGUUAAGGACAAUUUAAACUACUGUUAUAGCUCAAUGCUGUAGUUCUUGUCACUAAGUACAGGUUCAAUGAGAACGUGACUAGAGCUGUUAUUUUUCUGUAGCUUCCGUCGGAAUCUUCACUAGACACAUGUGAUGAGCGCAGAGCAAAAUUUAUUUCAGUAGUCGAUUAAUCACGUUUUCAAAACCCUCAUCAUGUCAUUUUUUUCUUGAUAUCCUUCCGUUUUCUCUUGAUUGUAACUUGAAAAGUCAUCUUGGCCACCGCCUUAGGAAGUAAUAAGUCAGUAGAAGUAACAUAUCUUAACAGUUAAGUGUCAACUCUUCUGUGUAAUCUGUCAGUGGAUAUAUCUGUUAGCCUUUGAGCUUUAACCCUCUCUCAUUACAGAGGCUAUCAUUUUCUCAUUUUCUCUUACCGAAUCAAUAGAUGGCUCUGCCUGAUUUGGAUUUACACUCUACAUUUUGUAACCUUUAGUUAAGGGAAAACCUGCAUAAGAAGGAAACAAGUUAUAACCUUACUCACACUCUUUGUACUCCAAGAUGGGACCCUUGGUCAUGGUCCGUCUUCUUCCCUAUUCUUCUCUAGGAAACAUAUUGAAGUAGGUAAAGAAAAUUAGGAUGUUGACGUCAGGGACACCGCCCAUUAGAGGACCCCAUAAACGGUUAACAGUCGUUUCGCCAAUGUCCUGUUCGCCAGCUUCUGAAGUCGAUUCGCUUACGCGUUGAGUCAGCUCCUUAACGGCUUUCUCCUGAUCAGUGGCUGAAAGAACGAAGUAUAUACGUGCGUAUCGCACUUUUUUGUAUCAUGGCUGAGAGAACGAAGCAUAUACAUGCGCAGCGCUCGUUUCCCUUCUUAGCGGAACAACAAAUAGACGUUAGCGAACGGGACGUUGGCGAAACAACUCGUGACACGUAAGCGAAACAACCGGUCACCCUCUAAGCUACGGCUCAAGCCACAUGCAAAUGCUAAAUAUUUGUUAACUUUAUUACAAGUGCAAUCAUUGAGUCGUCGUACUUCUUCCCUCAUUAGAGACCUUUAGAUUCAAGGACUAGAACGACUACAAAAACGAGAUUUGACUUCAAGUUUUUUCGCGUAUUCUCAAAAAAUAGACUCCCCGGAAAGCUUCAUUUUACCAUUUUUCACCAGAAAAGCUAGCACUGUUACCUCUAUAGAAGGAGGUUGCACCCUCUCCUGAUCGCAAAAUGAUAAAACUUCUAACAUCUAAUAACUUGUUUACGCAACUUCGACAGUCUCGCUAAAACUCGUAGUAGAGUGAAGACGGCUACCACGUUUUCCCGCCAAAAUAACGCUGGUUCACGCGCGAGCACAACUUAGUAUUGAGAAAAUCUCGUACUUGUAGUCGUACUCGUCUUAGAAUCUAAAGGUCUUUAUUCAUUUGUAUUUAAAAUGUGGUAUCUGCUACAGAGUAUUGAGGUUUUAACAGUAUGGAUUAAAGGGUUUAUUAAUUGUUUUUAUCCUGUAGAAUCUGAUGCUGACCCAGCGGAUUCCCUGAGGUUAGAGAAUGAAAAACUGCGAACGCAAGUUGAGAGUCUAAAGGCAAUUGCUGAACAAAACACAAGUCUGAUGUGGUCCAUGCAGAGUUAUCAGUACCAGGCAGAGGAGAUAAGACAGCAGUACAACAACAUGAUAGCAGCUAAAGAUUAUGAAGUAUGGAAACCCUGCAUGAAAAUUCUUAGUCUUUGAAGGGUCUUAACCUAUUCAUUUUUUUGCUAAACAAUGCUAUGGCACCUUGCAAGGACCGCCUCCUUUAGUCUUCUUGAUUGAGAAGGAGGGUAACUGGUCAAGUCGCCAGAAAGUCAUCUCGCCUAAAACUAGAGUUUAAGUCGCCAGAAAUGCUGAGUAAUGUCGCCCGAAUUUUAUUAGGUGAAGUGCACAGAGAAAAAAAGUGAAUUUUUGUGAAAUAAAGAGUGUGUGUAACAUAUCUCGUUCUUUAAGCCAUCAUUGGACGAAAUAAGCGGAAUGAAUGUGUAACAUACCUCGUUCUUUAAGUGAUGAUGAGACGAAACAGGCGAUUUUUUAAGCUUAUGUGUAAUAUUUCUCGUUCUUUAAUCCUUGAUGAACAUCGAAACAAGCGCAAUAAAUGAGUAAUAUAUCUCGUUCUUUUAUCUUGAUGAGACGAAACAAGCGCGAUAAAUGUGUAACAGGAAUGCUAGGAUGUUAUUAAGCGCAAUAAAAUUUCGAGCCACAUAACUAAGUAUUUCAGGCGACUUAACUAAAAAUUUCGGGCGACAUAACUCUGAUUUCGGGCGACACAACUUCGGGCGAGAUGAUUUUCGGGCGACUUGACCAGAAGGACAAAAGCACUCUCUGCCUGAAUCGCAUCAAGCGUUUGAAGUCACAGCAACCCGGAUUUCUGAACUAGUCAAUCUUGUUUUCUCUCGUCAAACUGGUUUUUUAAUGCAAGCAUCCAUUUAUUAAUAAAAUUGCUGGUCAUAACUGAGCCCGCCGUACCAAGCGCAUGGCUCUUAGGCCUGGAUUGGAAACUUUAUCCAAGCAACAUUGAGCUCUCGAUUCGUGCAGUCUUUCUGGAGUACACCAAUACUGAUCGAGCAAGCGACAGAAAGGCUCUGCUAGCAGGUUGAAACUAUCUUUUAAGGCUAGUAGAAUCCAUUUCCCGCCAUCCUCUGAACUGAGCGCGAACUACUGUAACUAGUCAAACCAUAAUAGAAAACACCUAAGCACGGCAAAUUUUUAUAACAUAAUUGAUUUUAGCUGAUUUUAGGGAGAUGAAACUCUAAAUACAUAAAAAAAAUACGAGGUAUUUUUUUUUAGAUGAAAGCUGUAUUAAGCAUAUGGGUAGUUACACGGUAUCCACAGUAUAAGUAAUUAUGAACUCUACCUUUUUUUCCCUUCCUGUUAGAUAUUUAGUCUGACGAAAGCUCUGCAAGAUGCGAAUAUCCUCACUGAUCCAAAGGUAGUGUAAACACGUUAAUAACCUGUCCUUUUGUUUGAACCCUUUAGGCUCUGAGGAUGAUAAGCAUUAAAUUUAUCCUGGUUUGUAAUCCAGAAAAGACAUCGCAAUAUAAGACGUAACCAUACAAUAUGGAUUCUCUUGACGUGUUUUCAGCAACUUGUGUUUACUACUUUUUCGUUUUCCUUGUCUUCUCUCUUAGAGGUCGUAGGAAUAAAGUCAUAAUUACCUGAAUUUAUGUCGCCCGUAACCAGAAUUAUGUUCAAAAUUCAAGUGUAACUUUUUUUUAACCAAGAGUGUAGGCAAUGGAAAAUCGUCUUCAUUGCGCUUUUUUCAGUAGAAAUUUUCUGUCGUUGUUGUUGUCGCUGUUUAUUUUUUUUAGCAACGCUUUUUUAACUGCGGCAGGUUUAGUUCAGUUUAUGGUAGAGCGCUGGUCCAUUGAGCGGGAGUUCGUAGGUUCGACUCCCGGGGUUGGAGCAAACCUCAGCACAAUGUUCCAAAAGGCAAGUCGGUUCCCCACCUCCUUUCCAGCUCAUCUUGUUUUUAGGCUCGUUCUCAAGACAAACGAAUUAAGACGGAAUCCAUCAGGAAAUUGAUUAAUUUUAAUUUUCAAUGGACAAAAACCUUGUACCAGAAUGAUUUAAACAAUAUCGCAUUCUUUUUUACAUUUUUCAAGGGCUAUAGAUAUAAUUAGUUAUCUGUAAUAACACCAAAGACUAUUUUUCAUGGGAGCCCGAGAAAAUAAAUGUCAAAUUUCACAAGAAUUGUGAAAACACAGCUAAAAUACUGAAAAUUUCAUGUGUCAUUUUGUGAAAGCUGACUUUUUUUUCUCGGGCUCUUUGUAAGAAAUUUUCUUUGGUCUUUAUUACAGAUAACUAAUUACAACUAUGGCCCUUGAAAAAUGUAAAAAAGAAUGCGAUAUUGUUUUAAUUAUUCUGGUACAAGGUUUUUGUCCACUGAAAAUUAAAAUUACUCAGUUUGCUGAUGAAUUCCAUCUUAAAACUUCAUAAGAAUGCAAGACUUUCGUUCCGAUUUUCAGAGAUCGAUGGCUGAGUUCGAAAUUCUAGUGGACUUGGGCAAGGAUAGCCAUAAUGUCACAGACAUGGACCUCGACACAGAAGAACUCACAGAAUUUAACGAAAACGGGAACGAGAACAGCAAGCUUGGGAUGCAGGAUGAAAUUGGUGUAAUGGAAGAGUUUACGGCAGAGAAAAACGCAGAAAAUGGAACUGGUGUGGAUCUCGCAGAUGUUACUGAAGGUUUGCAGAGUGACAGUUUGGGUACAGAGCUGGUGGAAGUUGGCAACGGUGAAGAACUUUGUCUUGAAAGUCAUCCUGUGCAGGAGGUACCAGUGAAAGAGGGUGAUAUUGGGUACCCUGUUGAAAGUGAAAAAGUAGACACUGAAACCGAAGAAAAGGGGAUGAAAGAGAAAGUGAAAGAUGAGAAGCUUGAUGAAGGUAAGAUAGCCGAAGACAAAAAGAGCGAUCAAGCUGAGGAAAACAUAAACACCGAGGAGAAGGCAGAGGUAUUUGUCGAAGAUGAAAAGAGCCACAAGGAAGAUGUGGAAAAACAAACCAGUCAGGAAGAGAAAGAAACUGAAAAAAUGAAAGAAGUGGAAGAUGCCAACGUAGAAGGAGAAGGGAGUGGCCGCUUUGUGGAGAUCGAUGACGAGCAGUUUGAAGUGAUUGAUGACAUGGAUGAGGAAGACAGCGAUGAUGAUUACAAAGAAAUUACUGCUUCGGGCAGUUCUCUGCAGGUCUUUGAUAACAGCGCCCAGAAAGUUCAAGACAAUGAAAAGGCUGAGUAUAUGAACAGCGACUGUGCAAACGAACAGCUUGCGAGUGAUUCAACUAAUUAUGCUGAGCUUGACUCUAGUACCCAGGAAAAAACGCAACAAAGCCAAGAUGAUUACAAAGAAGUCAACGCGCAGCAGCAGGUCGCCACCGACUCAUCAAAUUACCAACUAAAUUACGAUUCCCAGUAUCAAGCCUGGCUCUCAGCAGCUGUGAACAGCCGUGCAUCUAUGAAUUACGGACCCAACCAGGUGCGCAUCUCCGGGGAGGAGCUCGUAUUUGUUGGUAUUAUAUGUUCCUACCUCCAGCUUUGCCCCGCAGGAGCUACAAGUGGCGAGAUACGAGAUUACCUGUCGAGGCAGUUCAAGGAGCGAAGAAGGGAUGUGGUAGAUAGAUUGCUUUGCAGCUUGCCUGUUUUGUUCAAGACAGAGGAUGCUAGUGGAAAUGCCAAGUGGAAGUUCUGUGGAUUAGAGAAGUUGGCUGAGGCAAAAGGCGAGAGCUGA